CGCACGACGGGCUGCGUCUACCGACGACCUGCUCUCGAAAUACGACGCCUUGAUAGCGCAGCAGCUGACAGCACAACAGAGGUCAUCGAGGGAGAGUCAGCGGGGGGCCGAGCGCAGUGCGUAGGUGCCAAGGGCACCUCGGAUGCGUGAGAACGCGGGAGGCUGCAGCAAGUUGAAGCUGUGCGCCGGAGCAGCAAGGCUCUACAUAUUCCUCCCCACCGCUCCCUCCGCUAUCCCUACGCCCGCCGUAAUAUCCUCCCUCCUUUCGACGCCCACGACGGCCGCCCCCAUCCGUCCCCGUUACGACCCUCUCGCCGCGACCUAGUAACGCCUGCGGCCGCUACCACGUCCCCCGCCCGCACCCCUUCCGCCCGCGCGACCCCCGCCAUGGCCUCGUAUCCGGCAUACGGCUCCCGCACGUCCCCCACCGUCAACGCGCCCUACACCAGCGCGAGCCCCGCCGCGGCGGGCGACGGCCAGUUCUACCCGCCUGGCGCGAGCCGCAUCUCGCUGGACGACGACGAGCGCACGUCCCCGUUCAAGUACGCGAAGGGCGGCGACGCCGCGGUGGACAUGCGCGCGACUGCGCGCACGCCGAGCCCGACGCCGAGCGAGGCGGAGGAGCUCACGAAGACGUCGUUGUUCGACUGGAAGGCGAUGUCGAGUUGGCGGUAUUGGAUUAGGAAGGAGUGGGCAUAUGCAGUUGCGACACCUCCAUCGGCCUGGGCAACCUGCGCAGACGCUGUUCUGCGCUGCGGUCUGUUCGCUGGGCCGACGCGCCUUCGCAACCGUAGCGAGGGUCAUCAAGGUGGGGCUCCACACCUAGCGUCGGCUAUGGGUCGGUGCGUGCUUCGUGCCAAGGAAUGGUACUAUGUCAUUUUCACUAUCGCUCUGGUCGCGACGAUUCUAUUCACGGUGUAUCACACGCAAAUAGUCAAAUGGCUACAGCCCGCUGCCAACUGGAUGCAUGGUCUCAAGUUCGGCUGGCUCAUCCCCAUUGCCAUCCUCUUUGUCAUUUCCUUCCCUCCACUAUUCGGUCAUGAAAUUGUCGCUAUCAUAUGUGGUCUCGUCUGGGGCCUUGGGAUUGGCUUCGCUAUUGUGUGCGCAGGCACAUUCAUCGGUGAAAUCGGUAAUUUCUAUGCGUUUAAGUACUGUUGUGCAGCGCGUGGCCACAAGCUCGAGCAGACCGAUCUGCGUUAUGCGUGCUUGGCGAGGGUCGUACGGCAAGGAGGGAUUAAAAUUGCGCUUAUCGCGCGGUUGAGUGCCAUUCCAGGACAUUUCACGACCGCCGUAUUCUCGGCAUGCGGCAUGAGCAUCUGGACGUUCAUCGUCGCCGCCAUCCUCUCGCUGCCGAAGCAGUUCAUCACCGUUUACCUCGGUGUCGCCCUCGAGCAGUCCGACAAGAGCGGCUCGAGCACGAGGGACACCAUUGUCAAGGAUGUCGUCGUGGGCAUCACGGUCAUCAUCACGUUCGUGGCGAUGUGGUACAUCUACAACCUCAUGAACAAGGCCAAACCCGAGGUCAUCUACGAGCGGCGGAAAGCGAGGCAAACGAAGCUCAUGGGUUUGGGAUCCAGCCCUUACUCCAACAGCUCAAUGCUCCAAUCGACCGCUUCCGUCGCGUUCAACCCCGGCGCUGCCGACGAGAGCGAGAUUCCGCUCACCGCACGUGGGGAGACGUUCGGCGCAGCUGCCUACCAGCAAUGGGACCGCUCCGGGCGCGCAGUCGGCUACGCCGACCCGUCGCUCUACGUCCCCGAGCCACGCCGUGCACCCGUGCGCCCGUUCGCGGAGGCGUCUACGCACCGCCCGCAGGGUGCGCGGACGGACUCGGGCGCGAGCGUCGGGAGCGCGUACCAGAUGAGUGAGCGGGGCGGGUACCAGAGCGCGCCGACACGGAGCGACUCGGGGCUGACGAACCCGCACCCUCACCCGUACGCGCAGGCACAAGCCGCGAGCAGGCCUGCGUCGCCCCCGAGGUACACCAAUAGCCCCCCGCCGAUCGCGCCGCCUGCGAGCGCGCCCCUGCAAGCGCAGGCGACGCCGCAGAACUCACGGCCGCUCCAGACGGCGCCGGCCCCGGGAUCGCAAUUCCCGUAUAACCCGCACGCGAUGGCGGCGCCCGCGCCGAUGCCGAACCCGUACACGGCCUAUGCGCCCUCGCCACCACCGACGAACGUGGACCCGUACGCGGGCUACGCGCCCUCGCCGCCGCCCACGAACCCGUUCGCGCCUGGAUAUGGCACGGGGAGCGCGCCGUCGACGCCGCAGCAGCACCAGUUCACGGGCGGGUACGGCUCCGGGAGCGCGCCGUCGACGCCCCCCGCCCAUAUGCAGCGCCAGCUCACGGGCGGGUACCCGUAUGGCGCGCAGGCGCACGCGCAGCAGAUGCAGAUGCCGGGGACCGCGCCGCUCCCGCCGAGCUACUCCUCGCAGACGUUCGGUGCGCAACAGCAGCAGCAGCAACAGUACCCGCAGACGGCCGCGCCGACGCGUGGCGGAUAUCCGACGUACGAGGGCUCGAACCAGACGGGGUCGUCGAUGCCGCAGGGAUACUCGUCUGAUCUGCGAUGAGGCGUCGAGCUUGAGUCCGGGCCUGAAUUGCCAGUGAGGCGGCCGGGACGCCGAGAUGUGGGAUGUGGAUGUGGAUGUUCGCGUCCCGGGACAUUGUACAUUAGGGAUACCCUGCUGUACAUAUGAUCACGACUUAGUUACCUACCUUCUGCAUCGCUUCACGUUCUCCUCACUCGAUCGCGACAUAGUACUACGUACUCAGUGACAGACCAUCGUUCAGAGCUGUUGAUGUAUUGUAUGCGUUAGAUAGUGCAUGCACAGACUUUUCCUCUCAUCGGACUGGACGUAGAGUCUGCGACUACAUAGAGCCAUGCCAGAUGUAUGAAUGAGUACUCGACGGAUGUGUGGGCAUUGACAUGGACGUCGACAUCGCACGCGUCGGCGGCGAGCGUCAG